AAUCCUGUGUUUUCAUACACUAAUCGAAACAGUUUGGCACCUUUAUCUAACAGUUUUUUUGGUGAAUUAUAUAAAUCAUUUCCUACAGAAUUAUUUAAUUACAGUAUUAUUACUGAAAUGACAUAAUGUGUUGAUGUAAAAGAGUUUAUUCUAAUUCUAAUAGCUUCAUAGUCUGUCACUGUAACAGAUGCUGCUCUAUCAUUGCUCUAUGAUGUUCAUUUUCCACAUUCGGAUGUCUCUGAAAUCAACUGUACUCCCUCAGUUAACAGAACAUUCCUGUUGUUGCCGGCCAGGUGGCAGUGAUUGGGCAUUUGUUGCCUUUGGGUGGCUGUCAGCUUGGCCAUAGUGGCUGAGAUUAGCAUCCUAGCUGUUACUUUAUGCCCUGUUGGUACAAAAGAUGUUUGAGUUUACUUGUUGACUGAAAUCACUUGAGAAAACCCAUUGUGAAUGAAGCCCAGUAUUGUGGCAGACACCUGGAGUCCCACUUGUUUGGGAGGUUGCAGGAGAGGAUUUCUUGAACUACCAAUUAGAGACAAGCAUAUGCAAAAUUAAACUGUUAUCAUGGAAAUGAAAUUUGCUAAUCUCAGAAAGUACAUUAACAAUAAGCUAGAUGAAAAACAGCUGUCUAGGCAGUGGUGGCGCACACCUUUAAUCCCAGCACUUGGGAGGCAGAGGCAGGCGGAUUCCUGAGUUCAAGGCCAGCCUGGUCAACAGCAUGAGUUCCAGGACAGCCAGGGCUACACAGAGAAACCCUGUCUCGAAACACCAAAAAAAAAAAAAAAAAAAGAAAGAAAGAAAGAAAAAGAAAAGAAAAACAGCUGUCACCAUCUGAAAUAAAUUGGCUGUAAUAAGACAUUUUGUUGUAGUUGAGCUGGCAGGCCUCAAACUUGGAGGCUUUUGCCUCUGCAUGAGGCUUACAUUUUAGGGAUUUACCAGGGUAUCUAACUCUUUUCUUUCUUACUAGAAUACAAAACUAUGAUAUUCUAAAUAAUUAAAGUGCCAGCAAAAUACCAUAUACCCUCACAUACAUGUGUUCCAUGGAGGAUGGAUGGAUUUAUAUAUUUAUUGAUUGAUUUAUUGAUUUAUGGCAAUGCCCUAUAGCUGGGCUGUCUCCGACUCACAGUACAGCUGAUGAUAACCUUGAGCUCUGCUCCUCCCAUCCCUAUGUCCACUAGGAAUUCGCUAGCAUUAUUUAUGUGCUGUAUACCAUAACUGUUUUGUGCAGGACUGGGGAGUGAACCUAGAACUUUGUGCAUGGUAGUCAAGCUGCCAACUUAGCUACAGACCCAGCCCUUUAUGGGCUUCCAAAAUGGAUAGUUCAGAAUUGAAUUUUUAAAGACCAACAUAAUUUUGACUAUAUAAAAUGUUCAGAGGAUUUUUUUUCUUGUUAAAAAUUUAAGUUAAUAUGAUAUGUAUACUAGAGUCCUGGCUACUGUGGAGACUUACUUUAUUUACCGUUUGAAAUUAGAAUUAAUUUAGGUUUUUUUCCCUAAUAGUUCAAAAGAUCAAGUUCUGAUUUUUGAAAUAGUCUCAAAUGCCAAUAUUUGGGAAAUAAAUGGCUAUCUCAGAUGGGCAUAAUUUACCUUUUUUGUCUUUUCUUUCUUCUUUUUUAAUGAGCAAGUCAGUGAGCCUGACUCAGGACAUGGUUAGUCUGUCAAGUAUCUGUUUGCAUGGUUAAUAAUAUGGCCUUUAUUCGGCUAUAACUGCUUUGUCUGUGACUAGGACCAGAUUUUUAAUGGAUUAUUGAGUCUUUGGUAACUUGGUAAGGCCUAGUGAGUGCUCUUCCAGUGUAAGAUGUGUUUCCCAAGAGAAUAAUAGUUCCUUUAUUUCUCCAUUUACAAAUCACUUGUUUGACACAUUAUAGCUGUUGGGACUUGGAGAUGGAAGAACUGCAGAGGAUGGGGAGAGAAGAUCCUAUGGACACUGACUUUAGUGUCCUUCAGUGCUUAGGGUUCUAUAUAUUGCUGGUGCCGUGCUGAAGAGACUACUGAUAGGACAUCAUGCUUGGUUUUGUUUCUUUAAAGCAAUGUGUGUCAAACCCUUUGGGGAUGAAGGACCCUUUCUUGGGGGUUGUAUAUCAGAAUCUUACAUUACAAUUGCAGUUAUGAAUAGCAGUGAAAGCCAUGUUAUUGUUGGAGAUGAACGUAACAUGAGGAGCAGUAUUAAGGGUCAUAGCAUUAGGAAGGCUGGGAACCACUGGUCUCACAUUUGCUUUUUGUAGCCAAUGAAGAUUUACACUUUUAGAGAUGAGGGUUGGAUCCAGGGCCUUGAGAACACCAAGUACGCACUGCUGCUGAGGUACUCCCUUAGUCUAAAGUCGUCUUGACUUUAAAAGACAUUCAGGCCAGGCAGUGGUGGCGCACACCUUUAAUCCCAGCACUCUCGAGGCAGAGGCAGGCAGAUUUCUGAGUUCAUGGCCAGCCUGGUCUACAGAGUGAGUUCCAGGACAGCCAGGGCUACACAGAGAAACCCUGUCUCGAAAAACCAAAAAAAAACAAAAACAAACCAAAACAACAAAAAAAGACAUUCAGAACUAGUAUUAAACUCUGGGAACGUUUUGUAGCAGUGUGAUUUCCCUGGUGCUUCCUUACGCUAGACUUAGGGUCAUGGAAUGUAGCUGGGCAGCUGUUCAUUUAGGUGAGGUGCCUUACAGCACAGCUUGCGCAUUGAAACUGACAAAUGCAGUUCAGGAUAUUUUGGUGUUUCUUUUAGACAUUCAGAAAUCUCAUUUCUAAGAAGGAAUGAGAAAAAAAUAUGUAUUAAGUUGUUGAUAUAACUGGUAUAUAAUGUAAUAACUUCUUUUAGUGUUAAUGUAUAAAGAAAAAUGCCAUGUUUGAUUGUUGGUGGGCAGUGACCCAUUUGUGUCUUUUCAAGGGAUUGCUUACAUUGAAAAUAUGUGGCUACACUGAAGAGCCAUUGGAUCAGUGUGUGUUCACCUAGAAACGUAGGGUUUUGAGAACUGUUUGCAUGCUGUUACGGAAGGUAUUUCUCACUUUGUUUUUGUUUCACUCACAUAGUGCUCUGUCCACUAAUUGGGUUUGAAAUCUAAAUUGGGUCUUGAUUGAAAUUAAAAACAAAAUACAAAGUGGCAUUGUCCAUGGCACAUAAUAAAGGUGAGUAUGUUUUUGUCAAGCUUAGUGGCAUGGGUGUGGCCACACGAGGUUGACACCUAGUGUGACUUUACGUCCACACAGGGAGCAUCCCACAUGCACACUUGCCACUGUUCUGGUCUCAGCGGGCUCCACGGAGAGUCUGCCAUCGUCUUCUGCUUCCUCUUCCUCAGGCACACACACUUACUUACUUACUAUUUAUUACUAUCUUUUUUCCUAUUUCUUAGACUGCAUAAACCGUUUCUCAUUUAAAUUUAUUUAUACAUUACUCCUCCUGGAAAAGAUGAAUGUCAUUUCCAAAGGGUGACUUGUAGGCCAACAUUAUUCUGCAUGGAGGGCUCAGGUAAACGUUGUGUGUCUCUGUAUUUAUGACUGGGAAGACUCAAUGAUCAUUACUUAACUGUGGCCAAGAUAAAAUCUAGCCCUCAACCAGUAAAAGGCUACCAUGAUCUAUCUCCCUUAGUUUGAGAACUAUGCCCCUUUUCCAGUUGAUUAAAAGUUAAACUAAAAGUUUAAUUUUGGCCACAGUUAAGUAAUGAUCAUUGAGUAUUCCUAGUCAUAAAUACAGUAAGUUAGGCUUUGUACAAGCACUGAAAUGGCAUCUAGGGUGUGCAAAGUAAGCUUGCACAAAAGUGAAGGUGGGCUGCUUGAACUGGGAGGAAUCGAAGCUGCUUCCUUCAGUAGGGAGAGUGUAAAGUAGGGACCUGUGGCAGCAGGAAGGUAGGGCUCACAGCACGCCUCACUUCCCUCUAGAUGAUGUUAUGUCAGUCGAGAAGGAGCCACAUGACUGAAACUUGAUUUUAUUGAUACAUGUUUUUAUAGGCAUGUCUUCUCCAAGAAUAGCCAUAAGUUAAAUUUAGUAUGUUUUCAUUAAAAAAAUGAGCUUGAAAACACAGUAAGAUCUUAACUUUUCAAACUUAUAUUCACUCUUUGUUAUAAGUAUAAAAUAAUUUUUUUAUGUUGUUGUGCUGUAGUUUUUUUGGCUUAUUCUAUACAUACUAUGUUAUAUAGAAAAUAUAUACAGUACUUUGUAAAAAGUGUCAAUCUCAUUCCCUAGGAGUAGAGGGUUUCUUUUAAGCUUUCUGUAAUUUAUUUGGCUUUUUACUUACAUGGAAGUAUUUGGGAUAUUUUGUUUCUUCACACCCAACUCUAAGAUUAUUAUUUAAUGUAAUGUGCUUUUCCCACCCCAUGGGCCCAAUUUAAACUUUGUAAGAGAAACUAUUCAGAUGGUGUACCUUAGGUGAAAUGUUUGCUGUACAAUGAGGCACUAUUCCUAGUUCUCUGACUUUCAGAACUGGCCUCUGACUAGUAGAGCAGCUCAGAAGCUGCACACGCCGCAGCGAUGAUGAGCAUCGCUCAGGUCUGAUACUGGGAAUGCGCACACUGUGAACAGCCCCGCGUCCGCCCCCUCCUGAGUGUUUCUUGCUUCUGCUCACGUGCGUUUCUUUCCCCACAGUUGUUUGUUGCUGGUUUGAUUGUGCUGCUGUUAGAUGAGCUGCUACAGAAGGGUUACGGCUUGGGGUCUGGGAUUUCCCUCUUUAUUGCCACCAACAUCUGUGAAACCAUUGUCUGGAAGGCCUUUAGUCCCACUACCAUUAACACUGGCAGAGGUACAUCGCACAGUGACUGCAACUGCACGAGUUUUGCUGGAUGUAUGCUGAAAAUGAGUUCAGAAUGCAGCAGCACAUGCCUGUAGCCACUCCAGUCUGCUACCCCAGGGGACCAUGGAUGCUAAAGGUUUAAACUUACUGAGCAGAGAUGUGUGAAGUAUGCAGUAGUACGGAGUUUGAAGGUGCAGUCAUAGCUCUGUUUCAUUUGCUGGCCACCAGGACAGACAAGGUGCGAGCCUUGAGGGAGGCUUUCUAUAGGCAGAACCUCCCCAACCUCAUGAACCUCAUCGCCACAGUGUUCGUGUUUGCUGUCGUCAUCUAUUUUCAGGGGUUUCGUGUUGACUUGCCCAUUAAGUCGGCACGGUAUCGUGGACAGUACAGUAGCUAUCCUAUCAAGCUCUUCUACACGUCGAAUAUUCCCAUAAUCCUCCAGUCUGCCCUAGUUUCAAACUUGUACGUCAUUUCCCAGAUGCUGUCUGUUCGAUUUAGUGGCAACUUCUUAGUAAACUUACUAGGACAGUGGGCCGAUGUCAGUGGGGGAGGGCCUGCUCGCUCCUACCCUGUUGGCGGCCUUUGUUACUAUCUGUCUCCUCCUGAGUCUAUGGGAGCCAUAUUUGAGGAUCCUGUUCAUGUAGUUGUAUAUAUUAUCUUCAUGUUGGGGUCAUGUGCAUUCUUUUCUAAGACGUGGAUAGAAGUUUCUGGUUCUUCAGCCAAAGAUGUGGCCAAGCAACUUAAAGAACAGCAGAUGGUGAUGAGGGGUCACAGAGAUACCUCCAUGGUCCAUGAGCUGAACAGGUACAUCCCCACAGCAGCUGCCUUUGGGGGUCUGUGCAUCGGUGCCCUGUCAGUACUAGCAGACUUCCUUGGGGCCAUUGGCUCUGGUACUGGAAUUCUGCUUGCAGUCACUAUUAUUUAUCAGUAUUUUGAAAUAUUUGUUAAGGAACAGGCUGAAGUUGGUGGAAUGGGUGCUUUGUUUUUCUAAAUGUUCAUCUAUUUCUUUGUGUGUGUGAAAGGGAAAAUAUUUUGACAUACUGUUUCUGUCAAAUAAUGCUGGUUCCCCUUUCUUCCCUCAGUUUGUUGUUUUCAGUGCUCACUGUCCCAUUUCUGAAGUGGGCACAGAGCUAAGCCUGUGUGCAGCAUCAGUACCAGCUGCCUUAAAACUGAAGUUUACAUUAUUUGUUGACACUGUCCAUCUAGUGUUAGCCAUGACGCUGGGAAGCAGUGUAUCUGCCUCGCUGUUGGUCAGACAGCAAGACAGUGAUGUGGAUUAGCUUCGCACACAACAUUCAGAACACUGAAUAUUCCCUUGUUUAAAAAUAAGUGCAGUGCAGAUUGCCACUUUCCAGUAUUUUGAGCUUCCCUAAUGAGUUAUGGAGCAUUUAUAUCUAAUGUAUAUUUUAGAUAAUUUUUAUACUUUUUUAACUCAUCAGCCCCACCCCUACUUGAUUCAUCCUAUCCCCAAACUGCCACUCAGCCUGGAUGGGCAAAAAUCAAGCAUUGAAGUUAUUUCUGUCACUGGACACAAUUGCUUCCAAUUCCCUUUUCUGCUUUUCAUUUGUCCUCUUUUCCUGGUGACAGCUACGAGUGCUGUCCAGCUGUAUUGGCCAUGCCUUCUACUCCAAUGCCCCCAAGUAUUUCCUCUCUCCCCUCGUCCCCAAAGCAAGACCCAGUUCUCAAGCAGUGUCUGUAGUUGAGUGGAAGUGAGCAAUGAGUAUUCAUGCAAGGACUUCAUGUCUGUGAUAUGCAUAGCAGGACCCAAGUGUAAACAGUAGACAAUAAACUUUAUUUAAGAAAACUGUUGCAGUUGUGAUGAAAAAUAAAGAGAUUCCUAUUAAGUGUU